AAGGUAACGGGAAAAACGAGUAGAAGUUUAAUUGAAAGCGACCCUCCAAUUUUGUGGACUCUCUUCUAUGGUCAAUGCUAUUAUUUAUCAACGUUUCUUCACUCAAGUUUUUUUUACACACAAAUACCAGAAGUUUCUUUUGAAAUAUCUAAUCAAUAGUCCAUUUUUCGGUGUGAUUUCCGCUGUAAUUCAUUGUCUGAGUUCAAGAAGUAAAACCCAAGAAUCUUGGCAAUCUAUUGGAUUAGUGACAUGAAUUGAACUGGGUUUCGGUAAAUUAUAGGAGAGAGAAUCAAGAUAUGAUGAUAAAUUUUCAAGGUCUUUCAAAGCAGAAAUCUCCCCAGGUUCUGUUUGAAGACGCAUUCCCGGCGGCUGAUCCUGGCACAUUGGAGCAAUUAAAAGAGUUGAGCUCCAGAAGGAGAGCUAUUGAAUCUAUCAAUCAAAAUAGCUUUGUGACAGAGGCUAUUGCCAGGGAAAUGUCUGGGGGGUUGACUUCUCGAUGUGAACAGAAUAUACAGAAGGUGGAACAGUAUUUGCCACUUUUGGGAAACUUGAUGCACCAUGUAAAUUUAGUUGGUGACAACCCCAAGAUGGUUCGAUGGAUUUCUGACCUAAAGAUUAGGUGGAGCAGUGCUCUCACUUCAUCAUCCUUUUUUCAACUUAACGGUCCAAAAUUUUAUCAGAUGGAUAAUUUUCAUUCUGAACUUGCAAUGACACUUUUCGUUCUUGGUGCAUUGUUUCGAGAUCGAGCUCUUGAAGUUCUGUCAACAGAUUUAGUUCAAUCAGCCUCCUUUCUCAGAAAAGCUGCAGGAGUUUACCAUCAUAUAGCUCAGGAUGUCCUUCCCUGUUUACAGCCUGCAUUGGCACAAGAAAGGCCACCAGAAUCUGUAAUCAGUGUUUGUACUGCAGUGACCCUUGUUUGCUUAGCUGAGGCACAGGCUGUGAGUGUGAGGAAGGCAGAGCAAAAAGGGAAUACUGGAGGACUCUUGGCGAAGCUGCACUAUGGUGUUUGUAAAUUUCUUGAAGAAGCUAUUCAUACCUUGCAUUCGGCCACCAAGCAGUGCAAUGACAUUUCAUCUUGCUUAAUGGAUUAUAUUAUAACUUCUAAAAUGCUACAUGAGUUACUCAGUUACAAGUAUCUAGCAGAGAGUCUUAAGAUUGAGGGGCAAAUAGGCUUUGCUAUUGGAGCUCUUCGGCAUGUGAUACAAAAUGCAGAAAAGCAUAUACCAAGAGAAGAGUCUUGGAGACUAGUUCGUAAGCAAUUGAUUGAUGACUUGACUGGACGGCUCCGGAAGUGUGAACGUGAAAAUGAGUUUGUCUGGCAUGAAAAGAUUCUCAUGCAUGAUGAACUGCCUGUACCUCAAGGUGUCAAGAUUGUUAGCCCCAUACCUUAUCAGCCACAAAAGUGGGAAAGAACACUUGUUUUCAAAAUCUAAACAUACAAUGGAUAAAUUUUGGGAGCAGGACAACAAUGCAUAACCUUUGCAGGCAUCCUUCGUCAUUUGAGUGUCUCAAAAAGGUGAAAUUUUACUUUUAGAGCUCUUCUAUUGAGUGUAAAUUCCCAAAUUUUGGUGCUGUGUGAACCUAAUAAACUUGCCCCAAUGGAGAUUUCACAGCUUUUCAGUCUUUGAUAAGGAGAGCCAUGAAUGCAUCUGAAUGAAGUAUGUGUGACUGAAUGAUCUCCUCAGUACUUAUGUUUUUUUCCGGUGGCAAUGCAGGAGACUACACAAAUGUUGUCGACCUAUUUGGCUUGUAAGUAGGUUUCAGUCUAGGAUUAUGUUGGCUUUAGAUAUACACUAGUGUACUUGUCCGCGCUUGGCGCAGUCGGGAAAAAAAAUAAACAUGAACUUAUUUUAAUGUUAAUAAAAUUAAUGUUUACUACUA